ACAAAGAAGCGCUAUCCAUUGAUCGCAGACGCGAUGACAUUGGUGUUUUGCCCAUAAUCCAGCGCGCAUGUCAUGAUAUACGCGAUACACACAUGCGCAAGCUCAUCACAUGACGUCAUGAUCGAUCAGCUGAGCUAGCUGCUGAGAUCGCGUAUCGAGAGCUGCGCCACAGCUGCUAUGCUAUGCUGAAACUACAGGUGAAACGAAACUACUAGCUGCCGGUUUGCCGCGCCCCGCAACUUCCCCGUCUGCCAUCCUUCGAGAUCCCGUUACCAUAGCGGUACCGGUACCUACCUAGCUCGGAUUGAUUCAUUAAUUGGACAUUGCAAAGAAAAAUAAGAAAAAUCUAUACACAGGUACAAGACCAGUGUCGUUCAGGCCUAAGUUGGAACAUGAAAGGCACUCAACAGCCGAUUAAAUUGCCUGGAAUUCUGCAGAAAACGGCGAAAAUGUUGUCUGUUCGCGGAAGUGGCAAAUCAGCCUCCACGACAUCAGGCUCAGGCUCGACAACUUUGGCACAACCCGACAAAGGAACAUUCUAUAAUAAAUUUACUGCAGCCGAAAACGAACAUGAAAUGUCCACAUCUGCACAGUUCAGUUCUUUCUUCAGGAGAAAGCAGCCACAGAAAAUGAUCGUCACAUCGGAGGAAAUAACAGCAUUUUUCCGACUUUUUGAUGAUGAUCUUAUCCAAGACUUCCUGUGGAUGGACUGUUGUGCAAAAACUGCUGACAAGUAUCUUUUGGCCAUGGUCUUUGCAUAUUUCAAAAGGGCUCAGUACACUAUCAAGCAGUACACAAGAAUGAAUUUCUUCGUAGCACUGUAUUUAGCAAGUGAUAUGGAAGAAGAUGAAGAGGAUGACAAGUACAAUAUCUUCCCUUGGGCAUUGGGGAGGAACUGGAGAAACACUUAUCCUGGCUUUCUGCGCAAGAGAGACAGACUGCUAAGGACUAUCCAGUACAGAGCUGCAGUCAGUAGAAAGUGUUGUGAAGAGGUUAUGAGCUUGGUCCCAGACCACAUCAUCUGGAAACGUGAACGAAUGCCACACCAUGCCGGAGCUGUCAGGAAAUAUCCAGACUACGACGAUGAUGACGAGGCCAUUCCUAUGGGACCCGAUGCAACACCCGUUCACUGCAGAGCAUGUGAGAAAGCAGGGGGAUUUGCCUUUGACAUUGAAAUUCAUCAGAGUCCAGAUAGUGGCUUUCUCUACCUAUCAUCAUGCACAGAUAGCUCUACUGAUUCAGCAGGAAGCAUUGAGGAAAUGGAAAGCUCAUCGUAUCCUAAGUUGGAAGAGCUUCCUAUGAAAGGUCAUGGGGACUUCAACUUUGAGGAAGCUUCCAUCUGGGCAGCCAGAGAUGAAUGAUAUGGAUUACAUCAAAUAAUGAAUGCCAGUAAUGGGCGUACAGGUAAAUUUAUCUUGUAGACCUAUACUUGCUUAAAAAAAAAGUGGUCAAAUAUUUGUCACUUGAAAGGAGGAAGUCCACCCUGAA